AUGAGCACCUCAGAUUUUGCCACGGUGGUGUUACCAGCCCUGCCACGUCAGCUCAAGCGCCUGGAUCUCCGCUCGGACCACUUUCUCUGCCCUGCCGCGUGCGUGGACCUGCGGGGGUUCUGGUUAAGCCCGUGUGAUGAUCCGGAGAUCACAUACCCGAGCCAUGAUCGCCGCUCUUUCCUUACCGACCUCCACGUGAACACCAUCGCCGCCUCGCUCCCUAAUCUCCGCGCCUUGAACCUCGACACGCCAGCGGACAUCACGGCCGCGUGCGUCGAGCACGUGGCCAGCACACUCCCGCUUCUGGCGGCGCUCUCGCUCUGGUCCGACGCCGUCACGUGGGAGUCGGCGGCGCUGCUCCUCGCGCUCCUCCCGUCGCUGCAGCGCCUCUCCCUCGUGUCCGGCGCGCUGGUUCCGCGCGCCUCGCCCCAGCCGGGGCGCGCAGAGGCGGGUGCAGCAGCAGCGCGGGAUACUUCAGCGAAUGCAGCCGCUGGUGCAGAAGCAGCGGGGUCGGAUGAUGCUCUAUCUCUCUUCGCCUCGCUCUCCCUUGCCCCCCCCAGUGCCGCCGACCCCUUCUGGUGCCCCUCAGGGUCGUCCCUCGCGCCCUGCCUCGCCUCCCUCCGCCUGUACCUCUCACCCCAUCGCUCCCCGGGGAGGAGCGAGGAGGCACUCUGCCGGGCCAUCCGCGGCCUGCCUCUCCUGGAGCGCCUCGCCCUCCCCCUGGCGUCAGACACUGUUCUGCUGGAGAUCUCCCAGUCCUGCCCGAAGCUCACCGCCUUGCACGCGCAGCCGCUAGCUCGGUUCAUCCCUGUCGCGUCUGCUGAGGGAAGUGGCACCAACGACUUUCUCUACUACACGUCCUCCUAUGCCAGGGCCUCCGUGCGUGUUGCCCUUCCUGCUGUCCAGUGGCGGGUGACUGAUGCAGGGGUGGUGGCUAUUGCGAACGGAUGCACGCGAUUGGUGCAGCUGAGUCUGGGCGGCUGUGUGAACGUGCGACCCGCAGCGUGGCGCCAGCUGGCGAGGAGAUGCGGGCGGCUGGAGGUGCUGAGGCUGCCGCGCACACGGGUGGACGACGCUGCUGUCGUGGCGGCGCUGUUCGGCGACAGCUGGCACGGCGGUGUGGGUGUGAAUGCUGCCACUGCCGCCACUGCUGCCACUGCUGCCACUGCUGCUGGGGCUGCCCCUGGAAUUCCACCUAGUUCCGACGCCACUGCUGCUGCAGGCCGUGCUUCCAGUGCGCCAGUGCCCCUGCAGCUGCACCUGCCAAGACUCGUCCUGCUGGACCUCUUUGGAUGCCCGGGCGUGACUUGUGCCCUCCUGCUCGCUCUCUCAGCAGCAGCCAGGGAGCUUGCUGGCAACGAUGAGAAGAUCAGAGGAGAUGGGGUGGCUGAAGAGGUGGAGAGGGAUGGGGAAAGUGAGGAGGAGAAGGCACUCACGGCGGUUGAGGGUGUGGGGCAUGAGAAAGGAAGGAAGACGGUGAGAGGAUGCUGUGGGUUGCAGGAGUUCAGACUGCGGCGCCUGCUGGUGUCGCCUGAAGUGAUUGGUGGAGAUGGGUGGAGAGGGAGCGAGGGUGUGUCGGGGGGUGGAGGAGAUGGUGGAGGAACGGGCUCUGACUAUGUGGAUUUGAGGCUUGUCGCCAGGGAGGUGGGUAUGCUGUUGCCCAAGUUGGUGGUCACUGCUAGAAGGACUGCGGAACAUGUGUUGCCAUGGGAUGGCUUUUUUGGGGAGCGGAAACUUGAGCUGGAUGGUGACAACGAUGAGAGGGAGUGUGCUUAG